AUGGAGAAGAAACAUGUUCGUAGGGAGGAGAGAUGCAAAAACUCGGAAGCGAAGAGAAGGAAGAUUCAUAACCCAAAGCAACAACCUUUGACUCCAUUACCACCAAGAAUCGGGAAGAAGGCUUCGUCAAUGAACAAACCGGACCGAGUUUACGCGGUUUCACAUCAAACCGAGAUGUUUAGUUCAGAUUCAUCAGAGUAUAGAGCACUGAGGCGCAGCUAUUUGCUGCUAGAGGAAGACAGCUUCGCGUUGGAGAGAGAGUUAAAGGAAGUUGAAGAUGAGAAAGUUGAGAUCUUGGAUAAACUCGUUGUAAUGGAAGGUUUAAUCCUUGGUGAUUACAAAGUCUAGGUGGCUCAUUCAAAUAGUGUAACAAAUAAAUGUUCCCUUCUAUGUUCAUAGUAGUGGUUGUUGAAAUGUCAAGUUGUAAUUUUUUUUUAAAGUGCCAAGUGGUAUUCAAAAACUAAUGAAAAUUUCCAACUUUAACCAA